CUAAAAAUUGCUUUUGAAGUAACAAACCCGCCCAUUUUUGUCCUAUGUUGUCCGCGAAAACCCAAAGCAAAUUCCUAAAUUAAACCCUAAAGGCCGUCGGCGCUUGGACGGCCGGCGACGGUGACCGCGUCAGCAUCAUCAGCAACGGUAAGAUGAGACUCAUUCGAACAUAUUCUCAGCCUGCUAAUAUCGCAUUGUCCCGUCGGUUUCAACAGAGUCAAGUGUUCAAGACUUCGGUGACAACUGAGACGUCAAAUCUUGAGCAUGGAUCAAGUAUACAGUGGUUUGCAAGGUCAUAUGCCACUUUUGCUUCAUCUGAGAGAGUGGAAACCAAAAAUUUGCGGAGAAGGAUCCCAAAGGAUGAACGCAAAUUUAUGAUUUUGCGGGCACUGGCAAACAGGUACAGGGAAAUGAAUGCAGGGAAGUUCCCAACUGCUUCGGAAGCGAAGAAAGAUGUUGGUGGCUCUUUUUAUGUUGUUAGGGCAAUCUUGCAAGAGCUGGUACAUGAAUCCAAAAUGCCUCCCGUUGAUAAAAAAGAAGAUCCACGAGAGAAAAUUGCCAUUGAGAAGGAUGAGAUAUCCACUAGCACUGGAGAGAUUUCUCGAGAUUCCUGUUCCGAAAUGAAACCAGAUCAGCUGCCACAACCCUCUAUUUUAGUUGAGAAUGAUGAAUCGAAAGAUGAUGGAAUUGAAUCUCCCAACCCAACGGACAAACCCACAAGAAGGGAGUUGCCUGAAGUGCCUAGUGGGGAUGUGGAACAUAAAACCUCUAUGUGGCAAAAUCUGAAGUCUUUUGCAAAUGGAUUUUUUAGUAUAUGGAAGAGAUCUUAAUCUCGUCGAUCAGAUAUAUGAGAAUUUUGGCGUCCCAGCCUGAAAGUAGAUGUCUUUUUUGGUUGAGGUGAUAUCAAGAAAGUGAAUUUCAUUGAUUAUGAUCACGACCAGAUGGCAUGGUACAUACAUCGGUGGUUUUUCUGGCUGUAAAACAUGUUAGCUCUUUUACUUUUUUUAGAGAAGGGGUGUGAUGGUGUAUGAACAUAGUUAUGUUAUUGUCUCGAUUAGGAGUUUCUUACUAUUUGGUAGGAAUUUAUAGAGAUGAAAUCAGAAACAUUGCAAAGUGGAAGUCAAAUUAGCAUGUUUUCUACUUUGCUAACAUCCUUUG